CCGCUUCCGAGCUAGUCUGGGGCCGCGGGGGCCGCUGGGAGAGUUGGUGGCAGCGGGUCCGGUGCGGGGUGACCGCAGGAGACCCCGGAAACUGCGUCACCGGCGGCUCCUCAUUAAUAUGCAGGCUCAUUAGCAUAAUGGCCCGAUCCCAGGCUGCGGGUGACUAUAGGGAUCGCGCGUAGGGACUGCGAGCGGCUGCCUGCCCGGGAGGAGGGGACACUUGAGGCCUGGACGGGAUGGGGGACAGCAGGGUUUGUCAAAGCCCAGACACCUCCUCUCUCAGCCCGCCGCCUCUGGGACGCCCGCUCAGUGACACCCCUCCUCCGCCAGGUGCCCCCCUGCACCCCUCUAUGAUCGGAUCUGCCAUGACCUCCUCCGUUAACUCCCCGCUCGGGAGCCUGGGCUCCCCCUUCCCCGUUAUCAACUGCUCGGUGGGGUCCCCCGGCAUUCCGGGCACCCCAUCCAUAGGAUACGGACCUGUCAGCAGUCCCCAGAUAAAUUCCACAGUGAAUCUCUCGGGCCUGCAUCCUGUCAGCUCCUCUGAAGAUGUGAAGCCUCCUCUGGGGAUGAGAGUCAUGCCCGGGCACCCCAAUGGGGGAGGACUGAGUGGAAAGCGGCUUUGCGCCAUCUGCGGAGACCGCUCUUCUGGGAAGCACUAUGGUGUAUACAGCUGCGAGGGCUGUAAGGGCUUCUUCAAACGGACUAUCCGCAAGGACUUGACCUACACCUGCAGAGACAACAAGGAUUGUAUCGUGGACAAGAGGCAGAGGAACCGCUGCCAAUACUGCCGAUAUCAGAAGUGCCUGGCUACGGGCAUGAAGCGGGAGGCGGUGCAAGAGGAGCGUCAGCGAGGACGGGAACGUGAUGGAGAGGUGGAGCUAAGUGGGUCAAUAAACGAAGACAUGCCCGUAGAGAAGAUCUUGGAGGCUGAGCUGGCAGUGGAGCAGAAGAGUGACCAGAGCCUCGAAGGGGGCGGAUCUCCCAGUGAUCCAGUUACAAACAUCUGUCAAGCUGCUGAUAAACAACUUUUUACUCUUGUUGAAUGGGCAAAGAGGAUCCCCCAUUUCUCUGAGCUGCUCCUGGACGACCAGGUUAUUCUGCUGCGAGCCGGAUGGAAUGAACUCCUCAUAGCGUCCUUCUCCCACCGCUCUAUCUCUGUGAAAGAUGGCAUCUUACUGGCUACCGGGCUGCAUGUCCACCGUAACAGUGCGCACAGUGCCGGCGUAGGGGCCAUAUUCGACAGAGUCCUUACAGAGCUUGUUUCCAAGAUGAGAGACAUGCGUAUGGAUAAGACGGAACUAGGCUGCCUGCGAGCAAUCAUUCUGUUUAAUCCAGAUGCCAAAGGGCUGUCUAACCCGGGUGAUGUGGAAGUUCUAAGGGAGAAGGUCUAUGCAUCAUUGGAGUCUUACUGCAAGCAGAAGUAUCCAGACCAGCAGGGAAGGUUUGCGAAGCUGCUGCUCCGCCUCCCCGCCCUGCGCUCCAUCGGUCUCAAAUGUCUCGAACACCUCUUCUUCUUCAAGCUUAUCGGAGAUACUCCAAUAGACACCUUCUUGAUGGAGAUGCUUGAGGCCCCUCACCAGCUGUCUUGAGACUGUUCAAAUCGGCUGCAGACUUGUGCUCCAUCCCCAAGAGACAGCUAGUAUACAUAAUCCAAUAGGCCGCUUCCAAAUGGAGAUGUUGGCACUUCACAAGCUAUCCCAAGAGACUGCUUGAACUAUUCGGACUGCUGCUCGACUCACCCCCACAGUCCUUGGUACACUCUCCUGUAGACUGCUUCCAAAUUGGGAUUGUUAAUUUGAACACAGCUGCUGUGUUUCAUCGUUGGUAGACAAGCACUCUUAUGGGCAUGGAAACCACCAGGAGAUGAUCUGCUGCUCAAGAGACUGCUGCCGGUAGGCCUCCACGGAUCAUGAAGAAUUGAGUCUACUAUCCGAGUUUGUGCCAGGGAUUUUUCCUUUCCUUAGGAGACUCUCCUAUGCAAUACCCUCGAGUAUGGUCUUGAAGUGAUAACUAUGCUAAGAAUGGAUGUCUCGAAAGAGCUCCCCCAGUGGGUGAAAAUUCCAGCUUGCCCCUACCUGUUCCGGAAAGAUGGCCAGCUUCUUCUGGUUGAGAAGGGCUCUUCUGAGGGCUUUGAACUCUAUGAAGGAGAGAUGCCAAUUCAUAGCCAUGUUUAUUCUUCGUUAAUCAAGCUGGAAUAUAGAGACUGCUUAUAUGCACAUGAGGAAUAGACUGCUAAAUUGUGAUGUAUAACGGGAGCUGAUGGGGUUGGUCAUUGGUUUUGGUUAACUUGUAAUGAGUCCUGUUUUAAUCAGUGGACGUUUCUUUUUUUCGGGCCUAAACUGACCCUUUCAUCCCACCUCCCCAUCUCACUGAUUUUGAGUUGCCCUAUCUAAUUACUGCACUUGUUAGGGUAAAGGGGAGAUUACUGGGGUUCACUGUAGGGUGAAGGGGACCUCCUAUUAAUGGUUGAGUUCAUUUAACUUUUUAUUUUAUUUUUUUUGGGUAAUGACUGUUCUGCUUUUUGGGGUGCCUUUGAGGGUAAGGAGAGGACCUCCGCACCUCAUUCUUUUACUGGGAUGGGAUAUGUAAACUUGGGUUGACUGUCCCACUUGGUUCAGCCAGUUCCCUUCAGAUCAUUUGUUUUUAUUUGGAAAGAUGAUUAUAUUGCACAGGAUUUUAGGAAAUUUGUUAAAUGAACUGUUUGUUUUUCCCCCUCCUAGUACUCUGGGUUGUCUGACCCUGUCCCUGCUGAAUGGAUGAAUUAAGGGGCUUGUUUUGCUCCACAAAAUAACUUUAUGGUAUCUCUAUAAUAAUUUCUUGGGGGUGCCAGAUUUUAAGAAAACGAUAAAUUCACAGAACUUUCUGCUGCUAGAACUGUUUAAUAACGCUAUACGUUCCCUUCCUGUUUACCCGUUCUCUUCUUCAGUCCUAAUAACUCCUUUUUUUUUUUUUCAUUUUAUAUUUUUUGGGGUCCUAUCUAUUCCCCCUCCCUUUCUCCAUUCUAUUUCUCUGGUAUAAAAUUUGUGCCAUCUUGUAAAAAAUAAAAAAGUCCCAGCCCCGAAUUCCUGCAAAGAGAGUAGUUCUACACACAGAACUUGCCCACACAUAGUUAUAUACUCUCUAGGAGGUAGCUCCUUGUGGGAGGAGUCAGGUAAGACUCCUCCCAUCUGCGGCACACCCUCUUACUAUGCGCUCAUUCAUUAUUCCUGUUGCUUGGAAUGAAUAUUAAAGAGAAUUUUGCUCUGUC